UGUCAUGGGAGUACAGGAUUCAGACCUGGAUCUCAUGUACACAGGGAGAAACUGAGUCCUCCAGUGUCGAGGCUUUCCUCAAGAUCCCCUCCCCCCAGUUAAAGUCUGGAGCUUCUGACUUCAAACUAGUCUUCUGUAGACCCCCACCCAGUGAGGAGGGAAGAUGAAUCUGCCUCUCCUGCAUAAGUGAUACAGAAACAUCUUGAAUAAGCCAGCACAGGGUGGCAGGGGAGGGCAGCUCUUUGGAUAUCAGGGGGAUAGCAAGUAGGGAGAGCCCAGCAAUCCCUGUAGGGUAGAAAGCAAGGGUAGGCAAGAGCUGAGCCCUGUCAGGAGUGUAGGAGGCUGUGCUGGAGCAGAAUAGGGUCCCCCACCCCCACUGCAGGGGCCACCCAGCUUCAUCUGGGGCUAAGGAGGAAAUGAUUCUGGGGAGGAAGUGAGAGAGCCAGAGAGGAGAGGUGAGGGGCUGAGCAAAGGAGCAGCAAACUAUCUGAGGAAGGGGGCAGGCUGGCCAUGGCUGCCGCCCUAGGGGAGGACCUAGCCGUGGCCCCUGACAUCCAGGACGACUCUAGCUCCCUUGGUUCAGACUCGGAGCUCAAUGGUCCAGGGCCCUUCCGAAGGGCCGAUCGCUACGGCUUUAUUGGGGGCAGUGCCAACUCCUCAGAAGCAGGCCCAGGGCAGCCCCCGUUGGAACUCAUCCGGCAGCGAGAAAUGAAGUGGGUGGAGAUGACAUCUCACUGGGAGAAGACCAUGUCCAGGAGGGCCAAGAAGGUAAAGAUUCAGUGCCGCAAAGGGAUCCCAUCUGCCCUUCGUGCCCGCUGCUGGCCCCUGCUGUGUGGGGCCCAAGCCCGGCAGCAGCAAAACCCCAGCACCUACCAGGAACUGCUCUCAGCCCCCGGGGACCCUCAGUGGCUGGAGGCCAUCAGGAGAGACCUGCAUCGGCAGUUCCCCCUUCAUGAAAUGUUCCUGUCGCCCCAGGGUCAUGGGCAGCAGGGCCUCCUGAACGUGCUCAAGGCCUAUACCCUGUACCGGCCUGAACAGGGCUACUGCCAGGCCCAGGGGCCUGUGGCCGCUGUCCUGCUCAUGCAGAUGCCUCCUGAGGAGGCUUUCUGGUGUCUGGUGCAGAUCUGCGAGUUCUACCUGCCCGGCUACUACGGGCCCCACAUGGAGGCCAUCCGGCUGGAUGCGGAGGUGUUCUCGGCCCUGCUGGGCAGGCUGUGUCCUCGGAUCCACAAGCACCUCCACCAGCAGGGCGUGGGGCCCCUCCUCUACCUGCCCGAGUGGUUCCUGUGCCUCUUUGCCCGCUCCCUGCCCUUCGCCACCGUCCUGCGCAUCUGGGACGCCUUCUUCAGCGAGGGAGUGAAGGUCUUGUUCCGGGUGGGCCUGACCUUAGUCCGCCUUGCCUUGGGCACCGCUGAGCAGCGCAGGGCCUGCCCGGGGCUGCUGGAGACACUCGAGAUGCUGCGUUCCAUCCCGCCAGCCCAGCUGCAGGAAGACCCGUUCAUGGCCCAGGUUCACGCGGUGGCCGUCUCGGAGCGAGACCUGCGACGAGAGAGCCUCACCCAGCUCGCCAAGCUCCAGAAAACUGACCCAGAGCUACAACUGAGGCCCAAAGACCGCCUGCCCGGGGCGCCCGCCAUCUUCGAGGCCCAGCAGCUGGCCGCAGCCUCGAAGGCGCCAGGCCGGGAGGUGCCCCGGAUUGUGGUGCAGCCCCCUGAGGAGGUGCGUCCUCGAAGGAAGCCGCAGACGAGGGGCAAGACCUUCCACGGGAUGCUGACUCGGCACCGGGGCCUGCAGGCCGAGGGACCGUCCAGGACCCACCGGGCCUCCUCCUCCUUCCUGGACACCCGGUUCUGAGAGACCUGCCUGGGGCAGCCCCAGGGGAGGAGUGUGGAACUGUGGGCUGCGACUCCGGCCUCUCCUGUGUCCUUCUUGGACCUCAGUGGGCCUGGUGCCCUCCCAGGUCUCUUUCAUCGCUCUCUCCAGGAUGUAAUGAGUGACAUGGGGAGGAUUUGAGCCUGAACUCCCCUGUGGUGGUGCUGGGGGUCUCCCUGCUUCUCUGCCCCCACCUGCCACAUUUCUCUGACCCUCAUGACCCCCCCGGCCGCCCCCCACUCACCCCAGGAAUCCAUCAGCCAGCAUGUUCUGCUGGCUCCCACUUGUAUUUUCAGCCCUGAGCACCUCGUGGGACCUGGCCCAGAGUCGGGCUCUCAGGCAGGUGAUUCAGCUGUUAAAAGUGGCCUGAGCUAGACCAAAUCCUGGGGGACACAAUGAAAUUCUGGGGUCCCACCCUGCGGUCUCCACAGCCAGCCAGCCAGAGUCACAGAGAGAGGCGGGCCUGGUCCUGCCUCCACCAGAAGAGGGGCUGACCAGGUCAGCCCCCAAACAGGCCGGCGGAAGUGGGGCUUCGGGGGGCCAGGGGGCCCCCACAGGGGCUUAAUAAAGGCGGAUCCGUCCCAUCUCCU